CCUCGCAUCGAUGCCUUUUCAUUGCAGCAGCGUGUUGCACAUCCCUCACCUGCUGCAGCUGCUCCUCUCCUCCAACUCUGCUCACAUCCUGUCCGAGAGGCAGAGGAGGACGAGGAGGAACACAAGAGGACUGAGUCAAGUUAAGCAACUUUUACGCAUACUUUUUGGUUCGAUAAGACUUUUAUUUCCCUGUUUUUCCACUUUACGACAGAAUGACGACAGUUUUCCCGAAGUAAAGUUAAACUUGUGAACCUCGUGGGGGCUGACGUGAAGGUGCGCAUUAAGAAAGGUUAUUCUACGUUAUCAUUGUCGUGGAUGUUUUUGGCACCCUAAUCGAAAGUUGAAGCCCCCUAAACAUACAGCGUCAUCAGCAAAGGACGUCAAGUUGUUCAAGAGGGAUAUUUUCUCUAUUUUGAAGAAAUGGAUUUAUGUUGACGUGAACCAAGAAGAACAAAGUAGCUAAGUAAAAGUAAAUCAUCUGGAUUCCGUGAUGCGCAUGUGAAAGUUUCCCCGAUCCGAAUCAGUUUCGUUCGGACUAGGGGAGACUUUCAUGGAUUUUUUAUGUGGGACCCGCUAGGAUGGACGUGGUAGAUGAAACAGAAGCGUUACAGAGGUUUUUUGAAGGUGCUUUCAUCUCAAGGACAUCAACAUGCUUUGGCUACGCGCAGGUCAUGAUAUUACCAGCUCUCUGGAGCCAGCCAACAUCGACACCAGUAUCCUGGAAGAGUACAUCAGCAAGGAGGACGAUAACACUGACAUCUGUUUCUCAGAGGUCCACAGCGCUCCAGGACCAAAUUACUCAUCUCCCCAGGCAGGAGUGUCCUCAGCUGGGGGGUUGGUGUGUGGCGUAAGCCCACCUAUUCCGCUACGCCAAGGCGCCCCUCUGCCUGGGCCCCCUAACUGUCAGAACGCCUACCAGCCGGGUCCAUCCCUGGGCCUCCGACACAGCUACUCCUGCCUGGGACAGCAGCAGCAGCAGCAGCAGCAGCAACAACAACAGCAGCAGCAGCAACAGCAGCAGCAACAGCAGGUUCACGUCAAGCCUGAGCACAGGGGCCACUACGCUCCAGGGACACUGCCCGAGUCACCCCCAGACUCCAGCUCUGAGCCGUAUUCUCCUCAGCAGGUGAAUGAUCCUCACAUGAUCAGAACCAUGACACCAGAGAAUAUGUGUCACAUGACUCCAACGCCACCGCUACCACACGGGCACUACUCCAGCAUGCAUCGGGACAUGUACCUGAAGCCUGAGCCAAUGAUAUCCCAGUAUCCUAUUGGUCCAGCCACAAGCGGAGGCGGAGACAUGCAGCAGACACAGAUGCUCCAUCAGCUGCUGCAGCAUCCUCAGGGGCAGGAAGGCAUCCCUGUCCACCAGGCCAAGAAGAGGAAGCACUCAGAGUCUCCCAACAGCACCCUCAAUUCCCAAAUCCUCACAGGUAUCAUCAAACAAGAACCAGGUUUGAUGCAGGAUGCCGAUAACAGCUACCUGGACCCAAACUAUCAGUGCAUCAAGUGGCAGCCUCACCAGCAGAACAAGUGGACACAACUAUAUGACGCAAACUGCAAAGAGCUUCCAACGCCAACCUACCGUGUUGAUGCAGACAAGGGCUUCAACUUCUCUCUGGCUGAUGAUGCUUUCGUUUGCCAGAAGAAGAACCACUUCCAGGUCACAGUGUACGUAGGCAUGCUGGGAGAUCCCAAGUACAUAAAGACAAAUGAAGGCCUGCAGACCAUCGACUGCUUCUAUCUGAAACUCAACGGAGUGAAGGUGGAGGCCAUGAAUCAGUCCAUCAGUGUGGAGCAGUCACAGUCUGACCGCAGCAAGAGGCCCUUCAAGCCAGUGCUGUCUUCUAGGGUCACCCUGCCAUCAGAGCAGGUCACAAAGGUGACAGUAGGGCGGCUCCACUUUAGUGAGACCACAGCAAACAACAUGAGGAAGAAGGGCAAACCAAACCCAGACCAGAGGUAUUUCAUGCUGGUGGUGGCGCUGCACGCUCAGUCCCACAGUCAGAGUUACACUGUGGCUGCCCAUGUGUCUGAGAGGAUCAUCGUCAGGGUAACGUCUGGCCAUGCAUCAAACCCCGGCCAGUUUGAAAGUGACAAUGAGGUGCUGUGGCAGCGUGGCCAACUGCCAGACUCAGUCUACCACCACGGGAGAGUCGGCAUCAACACGGACCGGCCGGAUGAGGCCCUGGUGGUCCAUGGCAAUGUGAAGGUCAUGGGCUCACUGGUUCAUCCGUCAGACAUCAGGGCCAAAGAAAAUGUCCAGGAGGUCGACACCACAGACAAUUUGAAACGGAUUUCUCAGAUGAGGCUGGUCCAUUAUCAAUACAAGCCAGAAUUUGCUGCCACCGUGGGCAUAGAGAACACUGCAGAGACUGGAGUGAUUGCUCAGGAGGUUCAGCAGAUCUUACCUGAAGCAGUGAAGGAGGGGGGCGAUGUGGUGUGUGCCAAUGGAGAAACUAUUCCCAACCUGUUAGUCGUCAACAAGGAUCGCAUCUUCAUGGAGAACGUGGGUGCGGUAAAAGAGCUUUGUAAGCUCACAGACAACCUGGAGACUCGAAUAGACGAACUGGAGCGUUGGAGCCGCAAACUGGCCAAGCUGCGUCGUCUCGACAGCAUGAAGAGCACAGUGAGUGGAAGCACUGUCAGCCAAUCAGGGAGCUAUUUUAGCCGAACAGGGAGCGGCCAACUCAAGAAGAAGACAUCCAAACCUGGAAGCAAGAAUUCGCCUUCAGAUCAAGGCUGCAUCAGCCAGAAGUUCAUGCAGGGAGCCAUCCUGGCACUGGUCGUUGUCAUGGCCUUCAGCGUCAUUUCCAUGUCAAUCCUUUACGUGUUGACUCUUCAUCACAGAGGAGACAUCACAGAGAAAGAUGGGUCCAGAGCCGCACUGGGUGCCUCAAGCAAGAGUCAAUAUACUCCAACGACCACUGCACCUGCUCCAGGCUGCUGUUCACCAACAGCCAUCAACAACCAAUCAGCUACAGUUUUGACACUAAAUAACAACGAGUCCACACCAGAUUCAGGCAGUCUGGUCCCAACACCAAGCACCAUCAAUAAGAAGGCUAAGUCCAGACUCAUGGACAAAGAGGCUCGCAGUAGAAACCGUCUUAGUCACACUUCAGCUCCUUUGUACUUUGCAAAGUCAAAAAGACCAGCACCCACAGACCUUGAUGGCGUGGGAACUGCCAACCGUCUGCCUGUGGGUCAGCAGCCAGCUUCACGCAGACAACGCAGCCUGUACACAAAGGGUGGAAGGUCAUCUCCCUCUCUGACUAGUCUACGAAUCGUGGAGACAAAGCAAGAGAUCACACCGCAAAGUUGUGCAACACCUGAAAGCUGCAGCUACACAGUAUCACUUACUGGAAAUAAUAAUUCCUCCUUCUCACAGAUUACUUUCCACAUGAUGUCCAAGAACAGUGUGUGGGUACGACAAUGUGGCGCCACAAAGGGGCGAUUAUGCCCUAACCACACAGAGACGGAGCUCAAUGGUGAACAGAGUACAUCAACAAAGGGGACUCAUCAUCUCUGGUCCGUGCCCGUGCUGUCUUUCCAGGACAUCACCUAUCAUUUCCGUGUCUCCCUGUCUGAUAAAGUGAGCUGUGCCACCGAAGGGGAAACUCAUCAUACUCUGACUACCAUUUUCUCAUUCAGAGCAGCUGUGUGUGAAAAAGAAGAGGAUGUGUCCUGGUGCCGUUACAUUUUCUGAAAUGGUUCCAUUUGUCCGCUGUUAUGAUGGGAUUUUAUCUGUCUCUUUAUUGUACAUUGUUUUUAAAGAUAUUCAUACAGAACCAACUAUAUUACACCUUCCCCACUGGUAUCCCAAUCUUCAUGUACAUGCAUUAAGACAUCUCUUUUUGCUGUUAUCACUGGAAUAUGAAACACUGUUUUUUUGUCACUGAAAAUGUUUUAGCUCACUUAAACUGUAUUGUGUCAUUGUUAACUGCUCUUAAGUUUAUUGCUCAUUUAAUUACUGGCCAUUAUAUCUUUCAUACUUACACUACAGCUAUAAUUACUUUUCAGCAGAAUUCAAGUUUCCUAAUGAAGUCCAAGCUAAGAUACUGAAGAAGACAUAUCUUUGUGUUUUUUUCUUCUUUAUAAAUCAAUCUUAAAGCAAACUGAAAACAAAAACGUCUCAGUAGUUUUGACGCUAGAGGAAGAUAAAUGGCUUCUGCUGAAGGCCUCAGUGAAUGAUUGCAUCUCGCACUGAAAAUAUACCUCAGUAGUGCACACUGGCAAAUCCUGAGCCUCUACAGUGGAUCAUUGUGUUGGAUACUGCAUGAAGAGACUGUCUGCUGUAUCCUCGUGCAGUAUGCUCUUUGAAUGAAGGCAUACAUUUGAAGACUAAGUCUUUCUCAUUUCUGCUGAUUCACUGGAUGACAUGUGCUAUGACUGGAAAUACAUCACUGGAAAAGAAAUUAAAACACUGAAAGCUUUAAGUAUCUGAUAGUGAAAAAGCAAGUCACACACUGAUAAUAUUUUAAGAAACACUGGAAUAGCUGACACUGUGUUUUGCUAACUGGAUGCUGGUUAAGCAUUAAAUGUUAUUUCA